UGAGCCUAGAGGAGCACUUGGGAAGUGGGGAAACCUGCUGGUACAGAGAAUACUUCUUCAGGAGCUACUGUGAAUGGCUACAGGGAGCCACCCAAAGCUAUAGCCGGCACCAAAGGCAGCUACACCCAAUUCUACACCACAUCAUAGGCAGCCACACCCAAUUCUACCCCGCAACAUAGGCAGCCACGCCCAAUUCUACCCCACACCAUAGGCAGCCACACCCAAUUCUACCCCGCAACAUAGGCAACCACGCUCAAUUCUACCCCACACCAUAGGCAACCACAACUAAUUCUACCCCACACCAUAGGAUCUUUGCUAUAUAUUUGUAAUCACAACAUUGAUGAUACGGAAAUAAUCAGAUCAGUGGAGCCUUACUGUCCAUGUAGCCUAGGCUACUAGGCAAAUUCAAGAUAAUAAGACCUCUUACAUCAACAAAAGUGUAUUUCUACUUUAUGAUUAUAAUUGACGGUGGAAUGUUCAUCUUAUUACUUCCCCUCUAAAUAUCAAGGAACAUAGAGAAAGGAGAAUGGAAGAAGCCAUGGACCCAGGACCCAGCAACCUGAAUUCCUGGAACCAAGGGAUCGAAGGGCAACCCAACAGGCCCACUGAAGAAUACCAUGACUCUAACACCAACGAGGUUGCAGAACCCAUCGCAACAAACGCUGCACAGGAAAGACCCAAGAGCCGAUCUUCAUCCCCUGCCCAAAAUAGCAUCGUGGGCUGCAGAAUUUCCCACCAGUGGAAAGAAGACUGGCGUGUCACCUACUGGAAGGGAGUCGUUGUAGAUCAAAUGGCUAUAAACCCCUCCCUAUAUCUGGUCAAAUAUGAUAAUGUUGAUUGUGUGUAUGGAUUGGAACUUUAUAAAGAUGAGAGGAUAUUGUCCCUUGAAGUUUACCCCGAAAAGGUAGACACAUCCCAAGUUUCUGAUCCCAUCCUUGCUAAUACCAUCAUUGGCAAAACAGUGGAUCACAGGUUUGAGGGAGAACAUGGGAUUUCCAAAUUAUGGAGAGGGCUGGUUCUAGGUGAGGUUCCGGUCAUGAAGUCCUGGUUUUAUAUUACCUAUGAAAAAGAACCAAUCUUAUAUAUGUACCAACUUGGUGAUGAUUUUAGAGAAGGUGAUCUCCGCAUUGUGCCACAUGUAGAAGAACCUCCAUGUAACUUAGAUCUUGAAAUUAGAGGCAAAUAUGUGGCAUAUGACCAGAAAGAUGGGACCACCAAAAUUGGAAUGAUAAUCCACAAAGUUGAUUCAAGACCCUCCGUAUAUUUUAUAAAAUUUGAAAAUGAUUUCCAUAUUUACGUUUAUGAUUUGGUGAAAAAAAUCUGAUUGACUGUCAAAGUGAUGACUCCAUUGUGGAAUAAAGUUUUACUUUCUAGACA